CCGUGCCGUACCCUCGUGCUAUCAGAACACCAGGACAAGAACUUCAUAUUGUAUUCAGCUACCAGCACCUGGACACCAUGGGAAGUCACACAAUCUUUUUCUAACGACAAAAUGACAUCUCUUCGACCUUUCCAUGCAAGUGAUGUAUUCAAAUUCAACCCCACCAACCUCGAUCCUCUGACCGAGACAUACGAUUUGAAUUUCUACUUCUCGUAUCUGGCGCGCUGGCCACAUUUAUUUAAUGUAGCUGAAGGGCCAGAUGGGACGAUUGAUGGGUACAUGAUGGGCAAACUCGAGUCUUCACCCUCCUACUACAUUUCCAGUCCUCACUAUCUCCCCUUCCACGCCCAUAUAACAGCUCUAACCGUCUCGCCCUACGCGCGCCGUCUCGGCCUCGCUCGAACACUCUCCUCGUCACUCGAAGUCGCCGGCGACGAAUACAACGCCUUCUUUGUGGACCUAUUCGUCCGCAAAAGUAACAAGAUCGCUCAGGCGCUGUACAAGGGGCUGGGUUAUAGCGUGUAUAGGGUUGUGAAGGGGUAUUAUGUGGAUGAUUUGAGUGGGGGGAAGAGUGCUGGAGAGGAGGAUGAUGGGGAGGGAGAAGAUGCGUGGGAUAUGAGGAAGCCGUUGAAGAGGGAUAAGGAUCAUAAACAUGUGAGGAGUGAUGGGGAGAUGCAUGAGGUGCAGCCGGAGGAUGUGUGGUGAAGUGUUAAUCGGGAAGCUGAGAAGAGACUCUUGUCUUGAGAGGGAGACAGCGUUGGCGGGUAAUACAUUGGCUUUGGGUCGAGCUUUGGGAAGGAUAGCGGUCUAAAAACUGGGUGCUUUACUCAGAUAUGGUCAUGCUAUAUCGAGUCACCAAGAACCAAGCUUGGGGAAACGAUGGGUUUUCGAUGGCUCAGGGUGAAAGUGAUACUGUAGCCGGGCAGCGCGCAACGAUCUGGCAGUAUUGCACCUCAGAGCGUGGGUAUAGAAGCAGUACGCGUAGGAGGGCUCCAAAGUGGCGCUGCUCUUAUGCACAGUUUCAUUGCAAACCUAAUCUAAAGCAAAGAAACCA